AACAAAUAUAUAUAUAAACAUAAUGGAUAUUUUCAACUAUAGUGAUAUGAAUCCCAACAUAGAAAAAUACCAACUAAAGUGGCAUUCCUUCAACACAUAUCUCCAUUCCUGCGUAUCGUCUUCAUUGCACAAUGAAUCCUACACAGAUGUAGCCCUUGUGACCACAGAUGGCCACCAAAUUAUGGCCCACAGGUUCGUUUUGGCAUACAGCAGCCAGUUUUUGCAGGAAGUGUUAAAGUUUCAACCAAAAGUCACCACAUCCUUACCACUGAUGAUAGUAUUACCACCGGAGAUAAGUUUCAAGACUUUGAAGAUACUUAUUAAAUAUAUGUAUAGUGGUGAAGCAACUGUCACAAAAGAUAUAUUGGAUAGUGUUUUAAAAGGUGGAGAGAUUUUAAAAGUUAAGGGCUUAUAUAGACCCAAGGAGGAAAUGCAGGGUUGUAAGAGGUCUGAAAGUGUCUGCUCAUCUCCUGGGAUAUCAACUUCAGGUGUUGCAUCAUCUGGUCAACCAUCACCAAGCCCUGUAGCAAUCACCCAAGAAAAAACAGUUCAACAUCCCAACCCAACCCAACAGAAACUAAAAACCAUAGCACCAAAAACGAUAACGAUACCCAGAAAUGUAAUAGCGAGUGCCAUGAAAGUCAAAAGCCAACCAAACACUUCCGCAAAAGUCUUAAAUUAUUCCCUAAAUGUUAAACAGUCACAACCUAAAGAAACACUUAAGGAAAAAAGUGUUGGCAAUCAGGUUAAAGUGAUUUCUGGGAAAACAAGGAGGGAAACAAUGGAAAGUGAGGAACAGAAUGAUGAUGAAGACAAUAAGGAAACAUUGCAGUUUGUGGUGAUCAAGGAUGAACCUAUUGAAUGGUCUGAAGUAAGCCAAGAAAUGGAACUGAUGGAUGAUAAGAGCGUUUUUAGUGACAUAGAAGUGAAACAUGAGCUAUAUAGCGAAGAUUCGGUGAACUCUACGGGGGAAGAUAACGAGCAACUUUACACACCCCUCACUUGUGAGCUGUGCACCGAAACAUUCACGUUACCGGCCGAAUGGGUGCGACAUGUACAAACACACACAGACAUGUUGCCGGCUAAAAGACAGAGAAGGGAUAUGCCUGAUGGUCCAGAUGACAACGGUUCGUUCCCGCCACUACACUGCGACCUGUGUCAAAAAUACUUCCCGACCCCGGCCGAGUGGGUGCAGCACAUACAAGGCGAGCACACAGAGUUCGAGCUCAGGUUAUCAAACAACGAAAAAAAAGGUCCGAAAUCCAAGGAAGCGACUCAAGAGGUGAGCGCGUUUAAAGUGACCAGUCAAGGUUCUUUGAAGGUUUGUACGGAAUGUAACAGAAUUUUUCCAUCUCACGCAUCAAUGCUAAUUCAUAGACGUACGCACACCGGAGAGAGGCCUUAUAGGUGCGAUGUAUGUCAGAAGGGGUUCAAUGUCAAAAGCAACCUGUUGAGGCACCUAAGGACCGUGCACGACAAAAUCCUUCGACCUAAUGAACUUGAGAAGACAGAUGAAGAAAGCGGAGGCGAAUAAUUUCUCAUUUUUUGAUCAAUAUUGUAUAUAUUUGUUUUAUUUCCUCAAAUUAUAAGUGUGGAAUAAAGAGUUCUAUGCAUUAUUUAUGCAUUUUAUUUACAUUCGUAUGUAUGUCCGAUAAAUUAA